CAUGACGGCCAGCCUUGAUACUCCCUCCUGCUUCAGUUGGACUGGCUGCACAGAGCGAGGCUAGCUGUUAGCUUCGACUAUCGGACUGUCAGACGGCCGAGAUGAGUUUCCUAGGAGGAUUGUUUGGGCCCGUAUGUGAGAUAGACGUACUGCUGAAUGAUGCAGAGAACAGAAAGACAGCCGAGUUGAAGACAGAAGACGGGAAAGUGGAGAAACACUACCUGUUCUACGACGGAGAGUCUGUGUCUGGCAAGGUGAAUCUAAAUGUGAAGCAGGGAGGGAAGCGACUGGAGCAUCAGGGCAUCCGCAUUGAGUUUGUUGGACAGAUAGAGCUGUUCUCUGAUAAGAGCAACACUCAUGAAUUUGUGGACUUGGUGAAAGAGUUGGCUCUACCUGGAGAACUCACCCAGAACAGGAGCUACGACUUUGAGUUCAUGCAGGUGGAGAAGCCCUAUGAGUCCUAUACUGGAGCAAAUGUCCGGCUACGGUAUUUCCUCAGAGUGACAAUAGUUCGUCGUCUGUCUGACUUAGUGAAGGAAUAUGAGCUGAUUGUCCACCAGUUAGCCACCUACCCAGACGUCAACAACUCGAUCAAGAUGGAGGUCGGCAUAGAAGACUGUCUGCACAUUGAGUUUGAAUACAAUAAAUCCAAAUACCACCUAAAGGACGUGAUUGUUGGGAAGAUCUACUUCCUGCUGGUCAGGAUCAAGAUCCAACACAUGGAGCUCCAGCUCAUCAAGAAGGAGAUAACAGGCAUAGGUCCCAGUACUACCACAGAGACAGAGACGGUUGCAAAGUAUGAAAUCAUGGAUGGAGCUCCAGUUAAAGGAGAAUCCAUUCCCAUCAGACUGUUCCUGGCAGGAUAUGACCUGACACCCACCAUGAGGGAUGUCAACAAGAAGUUCUCUGUACGCUACUUCCUUAAUCUGGUGCUGGUCGACGAAGAGGACAGGAGAUACUUUAAACAGCAGGAGAUUGUUUUGUGGAGAAAAGCUCCAGAGAAGAUAAGGAAAAUGAACUUCCAGCGUUACGAGUCGCCUGAGCCCCGAACCCAGCCGGUUACUGCAGAGCAGCCAGAGAUGUGAUUGCGAUGCUAUGAACUGAAAAUACACACAGAAACACACCAACUCUUCACUGCUGAACAGCCAGAGGUGUCAGGGCUGCCCCAUUAUCUCCCUGGACUGAGAAAUGUACACAUGAAUACACAUAACAUACAGUCAGACAUGCCCAUCAAUACUCCACAGCUUCAGAUGUGAGCGACCCGACCCACCUCCACUCUCUCCCCCAGAACUGAAACACACUCGCAUACAGACGCACAAGCAUACGAUCCGAGAAGGCUAAAAGCUAAAUGUCAAGCUAAGAGUGCAAAUCAAACCAACCCAAGGUAGGAACAGAGAGGCAGCCUGUUUGAUCUUGAGGUCUCAGGCUGAAAACACACUCAAGCACACACACGAGUGAAGCCAUACAGUCUCAGUUUGCUGAAAGCAUAAAAAAACAGGAGCAAAGAUGAAAAAGAGGAGAAGGCUGCAGACGACAACCACACCAUUUAUCCCUUUCUUCUGCAACAGGAGCUUAUUUUGUUUGCAUAGUUGGACAGCACUUCCUCUGGCAUCCUCACCCCCGUUACAAAAUGUCAAAAGUCUGGAUGGGAUAGCCAGUGAUUUAAAGUAAUCAAGACAUGUGGGGAUCAGCCUGAAUGAAGGACACCAGAGGCUAAGCUAUAAGUCAACACGCAUUCUGUGUUUAUUCACAAUACUGGAGCUUAAGCUGCGAUGAUGCCGCUGUGUUCUCGUUCAUCUAGCCGGGAAAUCAAGAGUUUCACAGUUAAGUAUGUUGUAGCCGCCCACAGGCUGCUUCUUCCAUGCAGAUGUCUGUUUAGUGCAACAAAUGUCCAUCUUAACAUACAUGUAAUCUUAUAUUUCAUCUUCAAAAGUGGCUGUUUUGUGAAAAUGAAAACAUUUUCCACUCUUCCAUAUUUUCAGUUUCCGUCCAUAUUUCAUUCCAUUCGAGUUUGAUUCAUGAUGGACACUAUCUUUUUUUUUUUUUUAUCUUUUCAGUGACAUUUAUUUCAUAAAAUCAUUUAACUAAAUAUAAAUAAUUUAAAGCUGCAAUUAAUGAUUUAUUGCAGAAUCCAUAAAUCGGUCUGUAAAAUGUCAGAUAAAACGUGGAAUGGGUCCAUCACAGUAAUCGCAGCGCUUGAGGUGGCUUCUACAAAUGUCGUCUUUUUGUCUGACCAACAGUUCAAAUGUUUCAGUUUGCAAUUAAAUAACAGAGAGAAACACAGAUAGUGCUCACUGGAGAAGCUCGAACUGGAGAGACAAUUAAUUCAUCGACCAUCGAAAUUACUCGUCGUAGCUCUGAAAGCAUCAUACGUUCAAAUCCACCGCUUGUUCAAGAUUCUUGAGCUCAAUACCACAGUUAAGUCUCAUGUUAAGAUGAAUAUUUGAUGCAUUUUUCUAGCGCUGUCUGGUUCUGAUCUGCUCAAGGCCUUUUGUUUGAUCUUUACAGUGCUGUUUAUUUAUGACUAAUCUUGGAAGUAUAGAAACCAUUGUUUGUUUUCCCGAAAUUAUGUUAUGGGUAGGUUCACCCAAAUCACAAAAAGCAUUAUUAUUUUCCCAUCUGGAUAUGUGAAUUAUCUGGAUUAACUUGGAGUUAGAUUUCAGUGCCUUGUGCACCACAAAUUUAAUUUCUUUGAUGUCCAUUUAAUUGUAGAGAGAGAUUAGAAUACUUGGACACAAAAUAUUUCUGGCUAAAUAUAAGAUAUGCUUUUUUUUUAUUAUAUAAAAUGUGUUUAUUCGGGUUAACUGAACCCUUAAGUUCCCUCAGUUGACUCUCACAUCAGUUGAUGUAGGAAAUAGAUUUUCUUCUUUAUCUUAAAUUCAAAGCUUCAAAAAAGGUUGAAAGUUGAGGAAGUUUUCCGGCUUCUUGCACCUGAAAAUGUAUGUUCGUCACCGCCACAUGAGAAGCGCUUUCUCCUUUUGUUUUCAAUCCUCAGCAGACUAGAUUCACAUUCAGUUUCACUUUCUUUUUCUGUUUUUAGGUUGCAGCAUUUUUGGGUCUGUUGGUGUGGUAUAAGUAGAAUACUAUUGUUAAAUAAAUGGCUCACGUCUGCUAUUGUUAGUGCUGGAAGGGAUGCUGUAACGAUAUACUGCAGAAUCCAACAAUACUCCACUGUGACGCUCAGACCGGCUGUUUAGGUCCUGCUUUAAAGACGCACACAGUUAGGUGAUGUUAGCGGUCUUGUGUGUUGGUUGAAUUUGCCCGUAAGCUCUGAUCUGUGGCCAGUUUUGCACUUCCCCCUUCAAUGCUGAACUUUGUUUCAUGGAAGCUGAAACUAAACAUCACUCAAGGACAGCUUUGCCUCAGAGAUCUCCUGUGACUAUUUGAAAUUAUGCUGACAUUUAUACAUCAUGACUUGUUUUCAUUGGACUGGCUAAGAAGUACAAUAUUUGGUUGCUUUUUGUCUCUCAUGUACAAGUCAUGCUGUCAUGUUAUAUUUAGUUUGGGAGCAGUGUAAUUAAUUUGCAGGUAACACUGUCUUUCUUUCCAAACACUGUACAGGUUGGGUUUAUUUGGUGUACUUUAAAUACCUUCCAAGGUAAUGAAGAAACACUUUAAAGGCCAAAAGUCUCUGCCCGUCUUAUCUACUGCAUGUUACUCUUUACACAAUGUCUAAUCAUGCCAUCAAAUGUGUGUGUGAGUGUGUGUGUGUGUGUGUGUGUGUGUAUGAUGUGUAUAUACACCAAACCCAAAUAUAUAGCCAAUGAAUCAUGAAUAAAGCAAAUUUAUACAGAA